AUGGGAGAUGUCACAAAACCUUAUUUUGUGAGGCGUCCUAAAGAGCGAGGGACUACAGAUGAUGAGGAUUUCAGAAGGGGUCACCCCCAACAAGAUUAUUUAAUAAUGGAUGAUUAUGCUAAAGGCCAUAGCAGUAAAAUGGAAAAAGGCCUUCCCAAAAAAAAAGUAACACCAGGGAACUAUGGGAAUACCCCCAGAAAAGGACCGUAUGCUGUUUCUAGCAAUCCAUAUGCAUUUAAGAACCCAAUUUACAGUCAACCCACUAGGCUCAAUGACAACCACAAAGAUCAGAGUAAGAGAUGGCUCUCUGAUGAACUUGCCAGUAAUUCAGACUGUUGGAGAGAAUACAAACCUGGACCUAGAAUCCCUGUUAUAAACAGACCAAGAAGAGACUCUUUUCAGGAAAGUGAAGAUGGAUAUAGGUGGCAAGAUGGAAGAGGCUGCAGAACUGUAAGACGACUAUUUCAUAAAGAGCUGGCAAACCUGGACACCAUGUCAGAAAUGGAAGCGGGAAGCCCUGAAAACAAGAAGCCGAGGUCCAGACCUCGGAAGCCACGGAGAACUAGAAAUGACGAAAAUGAACAGGAUGGAGAUUUGGAAGGCCCUGUGAUCGAUGAGUCUAUGCUUUCAACGAAGGAGCUGCUGGGCUUACAGCAGGCUGAGGAGCGGCUGAAAAGAGACUGCAUCGACAGGCUGAAAAGGCGACCAAGAAACUACCCUUCAGCAAAGUACACCUGCAAACUUUGUGAUGUUUUAAUUGAAUCCAUUGCAUUUGCUCAUAAGCAUAUCAAAGAGAAGAGGCACAAGAAAAACAUUAAGGAGAAGCAAGAGGAAGAGUUGCUCACCACGUUACCCCCGCCUACACCCUCCCAGAUAAAUGCAAUUGGUAUUGCCAUUGACAAAGUGGUACAGGAGUUUGGCUUACACAAUGAGAACUUGGAACAGAGACUAGAAAUUAAACGUAUCAUGGAAAGUGUGUUCCAACACAAGUUACCAGAUUGCUCUCUGAGAUUAUAUGGGUCAUCCUGUAGCAGAUUGGGUUUCAAAAAUUCGGAUAUAAACAUUGACAUUCAAUUUCCAGCCAUUAUGUCUCAGCCAGAUGUUCUCUUACUUGUCCAAGAAUGUUUAAAGAACAAUGACUCUUUUAUUGAUGUUGAUGCAGAUUUCCAUGCUCGAGUGCCAGUGGUGGUGUGCAGAGAAAAGCAGAGUGGUCUUCUUUGUAAAGUGAGUGCAGGCAAUGAAAAUGCUUGUCUGACAACAAAUCAUUUAACUGCCCUUGGAAAACUAGAAUCAAAGCUGGUUCCUCUGGUGAUUGCAUUUAGAUACUGGGCAAAGCUUUGCAGUAUAGAUCGCCCUGAAGAAGGAGGUUUGCCACCUUAUGUGUUUGCUCUGAUGGCCGUUUUCUUUCUUCAACAGAGGAAAGAACCCCUUCUGCCUGUUUAUCUAGGAUCAUGGAUUGAAGGAUUCUCACUAAACAAAUUAGGAAACUUCAACCUUAAAGAAAUUGAGAAAGACUGUGUGGUCUGGGAAUACACUGAUAAUGUUGCAGGGGAUGUGGACUCAACAAAAGAGGAGGCACCAAAGGAAAUGGCCAUUAAAAGGGGACAGGUAUCAUUAAUAUUUGAUUCAAAACAGCAGCCUUCAGUACCAGUUGGGCAGCUCUGGGUGGAAUUGCUCCGAUUCUAUGCUCUAGAAUUUAAUUUGGCUGAUUUAGUGAUAAGUAUCCGUGUCAAAGAAUCGAUAUCUCGUGAAUCAAAGGAUUGGCCCAAAAAACGCAUUGCCAUUGAAGAUCCCUACUCUGUAAAAAGAAAUGUGGCAAGGACCCUAAAUAAUCAACCUGUGUUUGAAUAUAUACUUCAUUGUUUAAGGACAACAUAUAAAUAUUUUGCUCUUCCACACAAAGUUAUGAAAUCCGGCCUUCCAAAGCCUCCGAGUACUGUCAGCUGUACUUCUGAACGUUCUAAAGAAAUAGCAAAAUGUGAUCCAGAGGUACAAGCGAAAGGUGAUAAACUCAAAAACUCAGUUUUGGCUCAAGGUUCUGGUGCUGCCAGUUCAACUGCAAACACCUGCAAGGCACAGCCACUUACUCUUAAAGAGACUGCUAAAAACUUUGAAAGCCCAUCAGCAGAGAAAAUGGAAAACUCACACAUCAGUGUCCACCUGGAAAACUCUGACUGUAUUAAGGCAAAAGUCAGUUCUAGUGCCCCUAAGAACAUUGAAGUACAUCAUCAAGAAACAGGAAGUAAAAAUAAGAAAGAAAAAAGUGGAAAGGAAGGCAAGCAUCCUUUGACUGCUGAUGAUCAAGCUUCAAGUAGUAACAAGUGUGGCACGCUUGUCACCUGUGACAGCCCAGGAAAUAAGGAGAAAGAUUCCAGUUUGGAUCUAGAAGGCUUCAGAAAUCCUAUAGCUAAAGAGUAUGAUGAAUUUCCUACUUCAUAUGCCAAGGCUGAUGUUGAUGAAAAAAGCAUAGAAGGUACCAGUGAACUCGGAGAUGCUGUAAGCCACUUUACCCCUUCAAGACAGAGCCAGAUAUCAGGAAUCCUUCACUCUGAUGAGGAAGAGGAGGAUGAGGAGGAGGAAGAAGAACCAAGGCUCUCCAUUUCCCGAAGGGAAGACGAGGAUGACAUUGCUAAUGGAGACGAAUUAGACAACACCUUCACUGGGUCAGGGGAUGAGGAUGCCCUGUCUGAAGAGGAUGUGGAAUUAGAUGGAUCUACUAAGUAUGAUGACUUGAAAGAAUGUGGAAAACACCAUGUAGAUGGAAAUCUUCUAAUGGAACUUAAUAAAAUCAGCCUUAAAGAAGAAAGUGUAUGUGAGGAGAAUUCAACCGUGGACCAGUCUGAUUUCUUCUAUGAAUUUAGUAAACUCACCUUCACCAAAGGCAAGUCUCCUACAGUAGUUUGCAGUUUAUGCAAACGAGAGGGUCAUCUAAAGAAGGACUGUCCUGAAGACUUCAAAAGAAUCCAGCUGGAACCUUUGCCUCCAUUAACUCCCAAAUUUUCAAAUAUCUUAGAUCAAGUUUGCAUUCAGUGUUACAAGGAUUUUUCUCCAACUGUUCUAGAAGAUCAGGCACGUGAACAUAUUCGACAAAACCUAGAAAAUUUCAUAAGGCAGGAGUUUCCAGGAACUAAAUUGAGCUUGUUUGGCUCCUCCAAAAAUGGAUUUGGGUUCAAACAGAGUGACCUUGAUGUCUGCAUGACAAUUAACGGACUUGAAACUGCUGAGGGGUUGGACUGUGUAAGAACUAUUGAAGAAUUGGCAAGAGUCCUCAAAAAGCAUUCAGGACUGAGAAACAUCUUGCCCAUUACAACAGCAAAGGUGCCGAUCGUGAAGUUCUUCCAUUUGAGAAGCGGUCUGGAAGUGGACAUCAGUUUGUAUAACACAUUGGCCCUUCAUAACACAAGACUCUUAUCUGCUUAUUCAGCCAUUGAUCCCAGAGUGAAAUAUUUGUGCUAUACUAUGAAAGUAUUUACAAAGAUGUGCGAUAUUGGCGAUGCUUCUAGAGGCAGCUUAUCGUCAUACGCAUAUACGCUCAUGGUGCUAUAUUUUCUUCAGCAGAGGAAUCCACCAGUUAUUCCUGUCCUUCAAGAGAUAUACAAAGGUGAAAAGAAACCUGAAAUAUUUGUUGAUGGCUGGAAUAUUUAUUUUUUUGAUCAAAUAGAUGAACUGCCCAACUAUUGGCCAGAAUAUGGAAAAAAUACAGAAUCUGUUGGGCAGCUAUGGUUGGGACUUCUUCGUUUCUACACAGAGGAAUUUGAUUUUAAAGAACAUGUAAUUAGCAUCAGGAGAAAAAGUCUGCUUACAACUUUUAAGAAACAGUGGACAUCAAAAUACAUUGUUAUUGAAGAUCCAUUUGAUUUGAAUCAUAAUCUUGGAGCCGGAUUAUCAAGGAAAAUGACAAAUUUUAUCAUGAAAGCAUUUAUUAAUGGGAGAAGAGUAUUUGGAAUUCCAGUCAAAGGAUUUCCAAAGGACUACCCCUCAAAAAUGGAGUACUUUUUUGAUCCAGAUGUGCUAACUGAAGGAGAACUGGCCCCAAAUGAUAGAUGUUGCCGCAUUUGUGGGAAAAUCGGACACUUCAUGAAGGACUGUCCUAUGAGGAGAAAAGUGAGGCGACGGCGAGAUCAGGAAGAUACCCUGAACCAAAGAUACCCUGAGAACAAAGACAAAAAAAGCAAAGAAGAUAAAGAAAUUCAAAACAAGUACACAGAGAGAGAGGUGUCAACAAAAGAAGAUAAACCCACACAGUGCACACCUCAGAAAGCCAAGCCAGUGAGGGCAGCCGCUGACCCAGGGAGAGAGAAAAUCCUCAGGCCACCAGUGGAGAAGUGGAAGAGACCGGAGGACAAAGACUUAAGAGAAAAACGUUGUUUUAUCUGUGGAAGAGAAGGGCACAUUAAAAAGGAAUGCCCUCAGUUUAAAGGCUCUUCAGGUCUGUCUAAAUCAGAUUGUGUAUUUGGAUCCCCUUCUUCACAUAACCCUUUGAGACCAGCUGGCACAUUUGUUCAGGCAGUGCUUUUACAUGAAGACCAAAAGAAACAAAAAACAUCUAUAUUUUUGAGUCCCCAGUCAGGUAUCCUUUCCAGUAAAUAUAUGACUCAGGGAAAAGCCUCAGCGAAGAGGACCCAGCAGGAAUCAUGA